AUGACUCAUAAAUUCAUCUUUUAUACUAAUAAUAUCAAAAUGGCCCAAGACGCAACUGUCUCGUUUCGCCAAGCUGGAAGAGAAGUAUCAGGGAAAGUUUAUAAAGGUUCUAUUGUUGACGCGUUUAAUAGGCUAACUCAGCCAUCAAUUCCGGCAAAAAGUGAACAAGUUUUGACACAAGUAAACAAAAAAGGAGGAUUUGGAGCAUCAGCUGACAGAUUUAUGUCAAAGUCUUAUUUUGGCCCCGGUCCUGGGCAAUAUGUAGCUGCAGAGCAAGAACUAAACCCCUCUAUGAGUAAAAAAGGAUUUGGUGGACUCAUUAAUAGAGCUCCAAGGUUCAAAAAGUUUCAAUAUAACACAGCAGUUCCAGGACCUGGGUCUUAUGAAAAUAAACUAAGAGAUAUUAAAACAGUCAGCUCAGUAUUUAUUGAAGGAAGAUCAAAGUCCUUACUCCCCCCUCCUUUAGUGAACAAAACCAUUAUAAAAAUCCCUAUUUUUUGCCGAAAACCCACCCUUUUUAUGGAAAAAAAAUUUGAUAUAUAAGUGAUAAUUAGUAUAAUGAAAUCUCGAGAUAAUUCUGCUUAAUUUAAACAAAUUGCGUUUUAAAAUAUAAAUUAUACAAAUUAAAUUAAUAUUUGCUUUCCAAUUUUUGUGAAGUGGGAUUUUUUUAAAUUUCGAAAAAAAAUUCUAUAAAAUUUAUAUAUAAUUUUUUUAAAAAAAAAAUUAACCCCCCUCCGUGAGUGAACAAGAUUUUUUUGUUCGCUCGCGGAGGGGGGAGUUAGUAACGAAAUAUGACCCACCAGCUCCUGGGCAGUAUAAUCCAAAAACUCCUGAAGGCAAAAGAAUGGGAAUGACAUCGACGUUUAAAAGUAAAACAAAAAGAUUGGAGCCUACCAACCCUUCAGAUGCUCCACCGCCUUGGCAGUAUAAUGUAGAAGGUACUAUGAUAAGAAGCAGCUCGGCUCAAAAUACAGCUGCUUUUAAAAUGCCAGUACAGGCAAGGAGGUAUCAAAUAAACUUAUAUGAUCCUCAUUCUGAUAUUAUAACUGACGAUAUGCCAGGGCCUGGAGAGUAUAGUGCAGAAACAGGGAUGUCAAAUAUCAAGCCGUCGCCAAUGUUUAUAGUAGGAGAGGUGGAUCGAUUUGGGAAACCGUUGAGACCAAGAAAGAAAAAUGAUUUCAUGCCGGGGCCUGGAACUUACUCAAUGGCAAAGAGUGAUGAGAAACUCCCAGUAAGUGGAGCAGUUUUCAUGAGUGAAAGUGAACGUGCUUGGUUUUCUACUGAAAAGAAGCCUCCUGGUCCAGCUUUUUACAAGCCAGCCCCAGUCCCAAAGAAGAAAUCUUUCCAUUUGAAUUCAAAUAAGAUGUGGGUAUAA